GCUUUUCUAGAGUGCCGCUGCAGCAGUGGAUACAGUAGCUUCCCUUCUGUGUGAAGCGGUAUGGCGUGAAAACAUAAAGGAACCAGGCUUCGGCCACAUUUAUUUUGUAAAAUAUAUAUCCUGUAAAUAGAAUUGUCGUAAUGUACAUCUCUGGAACUAACAUCAUGUUGUUGCUAUCGUGGCUAGAAUCGUUGCUUAUUUAUUGUAAAACCCAAGUCUAUUCAAUAGCCUUGCUGGCAAUCUGCACGUUAUGCGUUUUGGUUCACUGUAAUAGGAAACGUGUGGAUCUUACGAAUAUUCCGCCAGGACCAAAACCAAUGCCUAUUGUAGGCAAUUUUGGUGCAUUUCUUGUCCCACCUUGUCUUUGGAAGUUUUUCGCAAAGCCACAGCAGACGAGAUCCAAAAAAGGUCAUUUGGCUUUUAUGACGGAACAAGCCAAUUUAUAUGGUAACAUUUACAGCAUCUUUAUUGGACACAAGUUGGUCGUUAUACUGAAUGGUUAUGAAGUAAUUAAGGACGCUCUGACAAACCAUGCUGAUGUGUUUUCCGACCGUCCUGAUAUACCUACAAUUGCCUUAAUGACUAAACGCAAAGGAAUAGCCUUUGCCCCAUUUGGCCCAGUGUGGAGGACCCAACGAAAGUUCUGCCAAGCCAGUCUGCGGACCUUUGGCCUGGGCAAGCUGUCCUUGGAGCCACAUAUCCUGGAGUGCCUAGCUGUCGUCAAACAGGAACUGUUACAGCACUAUAGGAAUAGCAGUGACACAGGUGUGGACCCGACUCCCCUCAUCAGAACUGCCGUAUCCAACGUCAUCUGCUCCAUGAGUAUGGGUCACAACUUCCAUCACGACGACGAGGAGUUCAACACCUUGCUGGAACUGAUGGCUCGCGGGCUGGAGAUCAGCAUCAGUGGGCCGGCGCUUCUGAUCAACAUCCUACCGGCGCUAUAUUACCUCCCAUGUGGGAUCUUCAAGGAGCUCCGGCAAGUGCAACGGGACAUCACCGCCUUCCUGAAGAAGAUCAUCGCACAGCACAGGGCCACCUUAGACCCCCGCGACCCCAGGGACCUGAUAGACAUGUACCUGGCCAAGGUGCUGGAGCAGCAGGCCGCGGGCCAGGAAGAUAGCAGCUUCUCAGAGGACUAUCUCUUCUACAUCAUAGGGGAUUUGUUCAUCGCCGGAACCGACACCAGCACUAAUUCCAUUCUUUGGAUGCUGCUGUAUAUGGCGCUGCACCCGGAUGUACAAGAGAAAGUGCAGGCGGAGAUGGACAAGGUGGUGGGCAGAGCGCGACUCCCCUCUAUGAAGGACAAGGGGAGUUUGCCUUUCACAGAGGCCACCAUUAUGGAGGUGGAGAGGUUGACCGUAGCCGUCCCUUUGGGCAUUCCCCACAUGGCUUCCAAAACGGCAGAGUUCAGAGGCUUUACUAUCCCCAAAGGAACAGUGGUCAUCCCAAACCUGUGGUCCGUCCAUAGAGACCCCACAGUGUGGGAGGAGCCAGACACCUUCAACCCAGGCCGCUUUCUGGAUGAGGCGGGAAAGCUGCUGAGAUCAGAGCACUUCAUUCCCUUUGGUAUCGGUCCGAGGAUUUGCAUGGGAGAACAACUGGCCAAGAUGGAGAUGUUUCUGAUGUUUACCAACCUACUGCAGGCUUUUCAAUUCAGCCUACCAAUCGGGGUUCCUGCCCCCUCGAUGCAGGGGCGCUUUGGCCUAACACUAGCACCUUGUCCUUACACUGUUUGCGUGAUUCCAAGAUGAAUGCAUGUUUAAAAGAAAAUGUGCGAUCAUUGUGAUGGACAUUGCAGACCAUCAUGCAUUGAGGUAGUUUGUGUAUUUAGAGCAAGAUAUUUUCUUAUAAGCUUGAGUCACCGAUCCAUUCUGGAUCGGUGACUCUUCUGCAUGCCCGAUGGGAACAGUAUGCAUCCCUGAGUUGAGCCGAGUUCAACAUUAGGCCCACUGGGUACUCUGGCAUUCCUGCAUGAGUGCAUGACUUUAAAGGACAAAUCCGGUGUAAAAUAGAUUUGGGGUAUGUUUGGUAUGAUAACGAGUUGGAAAGUUUGUAGCAUAUAGACGC